CUACGCAUUACACUCACACCCAUUCAUCAAAUUUUCAUUCUGAUCAGAAUUUAAUCGACAAAAAAGUAUAUCCUAUGGUUGAACAUAAUGAAACUACGGCAUCUGUUGACAGUAAUGCUCUCAUCGAAGAGAUUUCUUUAACAAAUCAAAUCAGUGUACCAUGGGAGGAACUGCGCUUAAUAUUGAAGGCACGACUUGUUCAUGUACUCGAAUCCAAGCAACUGAUAUACACCCCACCUACUGUCACCAAUCCCCUUACGACCAAGCUUAAGCCCUUAACAGAUGAUAUUGCCGCACCAGUCUCUUCUGCAGUCCUUAUCCCUUUGACUGAUCAGACCAACUUCCAAACCAAUGCUGAGAAUCCCCCUCCGACACAUGUCUCUGAACAAGGAGGUAAGGAGGAGGAGCAGAUAGCCAAAGGUAAUACCAAGGAUGAACCAAAAGAAGAAACAAAGCCUAGUGGGCAGGAGAGCCCAGUUACUGCUUCAGCUGAAGGCCCAGUGGAGGGAAAGACCACAUCUGAGACAUCGACUGUGGGACAGACUGAAGUAUCAGACUCUACAAAUGCAAGCCAAUCGACAACGCCAGUAGUAGAAGUAACAGCAGAAAAUAGACCCCCCAUGAUCCCCAUUUCCAAGGAUACGCUCCUAGUUGAAACGCCUGAGGGAUAUCAUGAACGGAUUAAUGGACUCUUGGACGCCUUUACGAGCGCGCCCUUUACUAUUCAGCGAGUGUGUGAGUUGCUGCACAAUCCAACAGAGCAUCACUCCAAUCUCAUCAAGUACUUGCGCGCUGUAGAGAAGGUGUUGAUGAUUACAUCUUCUAUAAAUGAGUUUUCAAACCCAGCUUAUAAUGGACCAAGUGCUUUGGAUGAGGAUACUGAAAAAGCAGCAGGGGCAACCAUUGCAAAUGGAGAUUACUCCAAAGCAACAGAUCUAAAUUUUGCUCUGAUCUCUGAAACACCCUUACCAACACCAGAAUCAGAGGAUGUCAAAGAUAGUGAUGUGUUGCCAGUAGAUGCGGUCGAGGGUGUUGCACAAAAUCAUCAGGCUAAUCAGGCUAUCAAUGGCUCGGAUGAGGCUGUGAAGGAAGAUGAUGGGAUGGAUGUAGAGAAGACGAUGGCAGAUGUAUCGUCUGAUAUGGAAGUAGAUGCAGCGGCAGCGUCAACGAUGGAUGGGAUUGAAAAAGAAGUAGACAAGCAUGAUAUGGAGGAACGGAAAGAUAUCCAACCAGGUUCUGAUGUGGUUGGAAGCAUGGAGCUGGACGAAGCAUAGGGUGUCUGAACAAGAUAGAUUAAAAAUUUUGAAUCGAUAAUAAAAGUAAUAAAAGAGGAC